UUUUUCCGGAUUCUCAUUUAUGGGUUGGCAUAGUAACCGCGUGGUAGGAACUCAUGUAAACAAAUAUGAUUUGCAGCCGUCUUUUAUUGUUUGUAAUUUUUUUCUCGAUAUUAGCAAGUGCAUUCGACGUGAAUAAUGAAGUGCGCGAAUACAAGAAGCCGAUCUUGUGUAAAUACAAUGAGUAUUUCGAUACGGUUUCUUUAUCUUGCUUACAAUGCAACAUCAGUAAACAUCAUGUGCCGGCCGAAAAUGGUUUGCAGUGUAAGUGCGAUCAGUUCAGCAAAAUGAUCAGCUUUGAGAACGGCAAUCCACGUUGCUCCCCUUGCGAUCAUAAUAUGAUCCCAACUGUUGAUGGAACAAAUUGCAUCUUGAAAACAAAGCGCAAUUGUUCCUUAAAUGAAAUAAGAGUGGAUAGAAAUAUAAAUGGCAUGAUAUUAGAUAAUGUACUGUGUGUACCAUGUGUCCCAAACACAUAUCCAUCUUCUAAUUUUUCCAAAUGUUUACCAUGCGACCGUGAACAUUAUGGUCAUAUUAAUUGUAUGUGUUCAGAUUCAACGCAUGUAAGAUUACAGAAUUUUUGCCUAGAUAGGGAGGAUGUUAUUGAUUGGCCAAAUAUCAGAAAUACUUACUUGGUAAAGUUUCAAAGCCAAAAUAUAGACAGUUACUACUUAAGAAUUGAACUGCAAGUAGCAGUGUAUUUCUGCAAGAGAAAAGACAAGAUAGCAUGUGAACAUUUGUCAAAUAUAUGUGCUUUGACUCUUUACACUAACGAUAUAGCUUGUAUGCUUUUUAAGCAUUCACCCAUAGCACCAGUAUGGCUGUUUUACAGUAAAAGCGAUAUUAUGGCGUUAAAGAAUGAUACCAAAAUAUCUCAGAGAUAUAGCCUCAAAAAAGAAGAUGAGACAAGUACCCUCAAUUUUGCAGUCGUAAGAUUUGCAUUGAACGGUGAAUUUUUAUCUAUCGGCAGUUCGACUCUACCUUGUCAACUUCUGAAUAGCAUGAGGUUUGGUGUAAACUACAGCAAAAAGUGCAACAUCAACACUGCUGAAUUAUUGAAUACACGUGUAGAAUUACUAUCUCCUUAUUUAGUGUUUAGUCAGAAUAAUAAAACUUUUAUACAUCCACUGCCUGUAAUUGUUAAGUCAACGGAUCAAGUAAGAGAUCAGAAUAUUGAGGAGCUCUGGCAGCAGCAGCUGGUGCGCAAGUUCUUCCUAGUCGACAAUAUAAGCGGUUCGAUGGCUGUGCCAGAUUUUAUGUCCGACAAAUUCAAGAAGACAGAACUCAGCAUGCUUCGGUACAUGAAAUCUCUGACUGUCUUAGUAAACGUCCUGAACGGAGAAGACCAUGGUAAAAUCUUCGCGCCUUUUUUAAUCGUAGAAUACGAUGAACUGACAGAUCCAAAUCUUAUCACUGAUUCUGUCAUUACAAUAGAUUAUAAAGUUACAUUUAUAUUGAAGGAUAAUAAUAUAGAUUAUAACUUUCAGGUAACCAUAAAAGUUCUUAUAGGAAUAGCUCUGAUACUUUCCUGUAUCAAGGCAUUUAGUUAUGCUCUACUAAAUUACGGCAAUGGUUUUAACACUUCUACUGUAUUAUGGUUUAUAAUCUAUGGGAUGGGUGCAGUUGGUGACGCGAUCACUUUCGUAUGCAUUAUUAUGUGUGUAUACUUAUUCGUUUUUUACAAAGGCCAAACUAUACCGUAUAUUUUACUUCCCGACGGAGAGAGCGAAAAAAAUAUCCGUAUAUACAUGACGGUAGCAUUCUCCUUUAAAAUCGUGGAAAUGUUAGCAUUUGUUUAUCAACAUUGGGACUUGAAUAUAUUUUUUAUCGACUGGGAGCAGCCGAAAACGAUACGAAAUCAACUGAUUUACGAUUCCCCGCAUACUUCUUUGCGGAAAUUAUAUUCCAAUAGAUUUCCGAGAAAUGAGAGAUCUGCAAAAAUAACAUCGGACAUGAUCAUCGUGUCCAAACGAAAGAGAAGAUCGCGCCAAACGGUCAGCAACGCAAGCCCGAAUGAAGCGUCGAAAUCUUCCUCGAGCGAUAGUUGUACACCAAAUUUUUCUUCUAUUUGUUCGAUUGCGAGAUCUCCUUUAGAGGAGUCAAGUGAACAUAGCCAUGCGCAUAAUUCUCCGAUUAGUAUUUGGAGAACUUACUUCAUCGCGAAUGAAUGGUACAAAUUGCAAACUAAAAGAAAGAUAAACGUAGCCUUACAAUCGAUUUACACUCUAUUUAUUUUGCAGAUGUUCGAUUUGGAAUUAUGGAAGUCGACGGUACCGGAAUGGACCACUGCAGACAAAUCUUCCGAUGUGGAGAAUAAUUUCAUACUACAAUAUGCGAUUUAUACGUUCGUGUACGUGUCCGUAUAUUUCGCACAAUGGUUAUUCCACGUUAUGUUUUACGAGAGGUACAUCAAAAACAGAUUGCAGGAGUUUGUUGAUCUAUGCUCGAUCGCAAAUAUCAGUGUGUUCUUGGUGCAAAAGUAUUAUGGUUUUUACAUUCAUGGGAGAUCAAUACACGGUUUUGCGGAUACCGAUCUUCCUACUUUGAUAAAUAACCUAAAGAAGGAGGAAGAUAACUUAUGCGCACACAGAGGCCUAGUACCUGGUACAACCACGCAAACUUUUAUAAUAUCGUUCAACCAGUCGUUUAAAUCUUUAUACGACGAGCUUACGAAGCAAAAUGAAAGCACAGUAAUUUUCAACACAAGUAAUGCAUCUUCCAAAAAUUUGAAACAAUUAUUUGAAACCAAAUCAAAAAUAAGAUUGUUUUUAAUGCAAUUUCUAGAUCAUUGCUCGGAAAGUGAAGAUUAUGUAAUCAAAGAGCAACAUAUAUUAGAAAAACUAUGCGACAUUCAUUUUUCAGAUAUAAAAAAUAGAUCUUCCAAAGAUAAAUCCAUCUUCUACAUUGAUAACAAUUAUUCCUUCAAGAGAAUGGUAUUUUACGGAAACGAGUGGUUAUUGGCGACAUUUGAGAUUACUAUGUUUGCGUUCUUUUUGGUAAUAUUCAACUCGUGCACUUUCGCUUGCACAGGAACAGUAAUUGUAUCGCAAUUGUUCCUGUUAAUCAUCAGAUUCCUUGUUAAGAGAAAUCUUUGUAAGAAAUCAUUAUUGGAUGACAGAUUCCUAAUGUAACAUAAGGAUCAUUAAUGAACAAUUAUAACAAUUUAACCCAAUAUCAACUGAUAUAUAUUAUUUGUUACCUCAAAAUUCUUUAUUGCUAAAAAAAUUUUUUUCACAGUAAUAUAUAACUUUUGUCAAAAUAA